UUGCCGCCCCGGGUCCUUGGGCCUGCGUGGUGUCCUGCGGCCUCUGCGGCUCCCUGGUCUUGGGGUCUGGGCGCUCCUGCGGUCUUGGGGUUCCAUACCGCCCCCCUUCCCCCGCAGGGCUGGCCCUGGACCCUGGUGAUGGUUUUCAUAAACACAUUUGGGAGGGUUCAAAUACACGCAUGCAUGUUCAAUACUUCAGCUCCAUGACGCAUCGCAAAGAACCGAUGGGAUCACUCCAAAGGGGCCCACUUGCUUCUCAAACCUACCACACCGCGCUGGCAACUCUUCUCUACAAUCGGGCUUUCCCCCUCCACCAAGACUCUCACAUUUUUGGUGUUCAGUAUAGACUUCUCUUUUGUUUUUGUUUUUCAGUACAGUUUAGUAGACAUAUAUAUGUUUAUUUUUGAUAAUCUGUAUGGAGCACAACCACCUCAAGGCCAGAAUACAUCAGCUACACUGCCUGUUUCUCCUGUUUUUUUUUUUUUUGUUUGUUUGUUUAUUUGUUUGUUUGUUUUUCCUCCUUCUUCUCCGCAUGCACUGUCACUAUAUAACUCAGGACUUAAGCACCUGCCCCCUCCCCCUUGCUUGUUUCCUUACUUUCCCCUUGACACACUUUGGUGUAUCACGGCCCUCUCUGACUCAUAUUAGGAAGUUUUUCCAAUAAAGGCUGUUAGGCUAGUCUCCAGGGAGGGUGGGUGACGGUCACAACCACGCAUUAUGGGUAUAAAAUACUUGACUGCAAGAUUAACAGUGCAUCAGUCUUCACAAGAAGCUUACACCCUUUUGUGGCGCUAAGCUAUGAAGACCAAUGCAGACAAGUAGGGAAAAAAAAAUAAAUAAAUAAAUAACCCCAAUAAGCUGAUUGCAGUUACUCCUAAUCAUGGGAAAAAUACUGUUAGUGUUGCUACAUUUACCAGGAAAUACUGCGCUAGCUUGCUACACUAAAACACACAUACCUGUUUAUGACCAAACAUGGGGACACACACACUUACUCACACAGGAGGAGGGAGGGACGACAGGGGCGCAAAAGGAAGAGCCGUUGGAGGAGGGCCGCUUUUAUACCGGCCCACCUCAUGACGGCCACCAGUGGCGCUAAACACAAGCAGUGGCACUAAACAGCAUAGAUGGCACAUCUAUGCUGCUACAUGUGUAUUAAGGGUUAUUAUGCCCAUGUAAUCAGAAAUUGGGCAGGUACUUAGCUAACAUUAGCAUCCAUUGUUGGGUAUCGGCAGUCUCCUCCCUCUUCCCUCAUGUUUCUUGUGUUUUCCCCUCUCCCUAGUGUUUCUUGUCUGUCUCUCUCCCCUGUCUGUGUUAGUCUCUCCCUUACUGCAGGGCGUGGCUGGCCACUCUCCCUGCCCUGUUUGUCCCUGCCAUCUCUGCCUCCACUGCACACCUGCCAUUAAUCAGCCUAUCAAGAACUCACCUGCCUGGGGCGUUGGUAGCACAGUGAAUAGUGCCGGCGCCCCAUGUACAAUGACGAUGCCUCGCCACAGCGAUCGCAGGUUCAACUCCGGCUUGGAACCAUUUGCUGCAUGUCACCCCCCGCUCUCUCUCUCUCCCCCAUUUCACUCUAUCCUGUGCAUUAAUGGCAAAAAGCCAGAAAAAAUCAUUUUUUUAAAAAAAAAAAAAAAGAACUCUUGGCUGCCUGCUCCAUAAAGACUCCAGUUCAACUUCCAGUAUUCGUCAAAUCGUCCGUUUCCCAUAGUGGUAAUUACUUGGACUCACCCACAGUGAGCCUCUCUUCCGGGUUUCACCCCCAAACUAACAGACCUGGAGUUGCCUUUCCCGAGAGGCGGGGGGGAUGAGAGUCUCACCAGGACAGAUUCAAUGUCAACGACAAGGACAGUGACACAGACGCAGAGAAGGCUCAGACAAACCACCUUGACCAGGGAGGCACCGGAAGUGAAAUGCAUUUGUGGAAGGAUCUGCAAAGGCACAAAAGGGCUCAAAAUACACCAGAGCAAGUCCACGUGUGGACAAGGACGGAUGCAGGCACACCACUCAGACGAACCGUCUGGUGAGACGCAGGAGAACCCUAGGCAGGAAGCACACCAUAGUCCUAGUGAUCUCUCAGUGCCGGCAAUCCCCCAAGAUCACACAAGGAGAGCCUCCAAUGCCAUUUCAGAAAGCCCACCCCAGCCAACGAGGGAAAGAAUCAAGUGGCCCAAGAUGAGUGAUGAGUGAGAUGAAGAUCUGGACAAGGUGCUUGGAGCGGUUCAAGCAGGAUCAGCAGAAAGGAAGGUGGAUUCACUGACAGCCAUCACUUUCAAUGUGGCAAAAGAACGGUUUGGAACAGUGCCAAGGAAAGAGAACAAAGCCAGACCAGAAAAGCAGGACAACAGAAGAGAAAGAAAGAUCAAACAACUUAGGAAGGAGAUCAGGACCCUGAGGAAGCAAUUCAAACUGAAAAUGCGGUGAAAGUUGACAACCAGAUCAGCCAUGCAACAGGUGUCUGCAAAAAGUUAGUGUGCCACUUCUCACACAGUUGGAAGAAGAGGGUAGCACUGGAGCAAGCCGAGAAGUGCCUCAGCCUUCCAGUCCAUGGUCUCAUAACUGAGUGUCAAACUCAAUGGGGGUCCAAGCUGCUCAUGAUUGACAGGAUCCUGGAGCAGCAGAAAGCACUGGCAGAGGUCCUCUCAGAUGACAGAAACACAUGGCACCUAAUUCUAGGGAAUCAAGACCUGGAUCUACUGGAAUCGGUCAGCAAGGCACUGGGACCACUGCUUGAGUUCACUGAUGCUCUGUCAGGGGAAGAUUAUGUAAGUGUCUCACACCUCAAGCCAGUACUGAGCCUUUUCAACACAACCCUCUUGACACCAAAGGAGGAUGACACUGACUUGACGAAGUCCUUAAAAAAGAAAAUGUUGGAGUACAUGAACAGCAAGUAUGAAGAUAGAGACAUGCAAGAGCUCCUGGAUGUGGCAUCCUUCUUAGACCCAAGAUACAAGACACAGUACAUCAGUGAAAACAGCGUCCCCAUCAACAAAGCCAGACUGGUGUCAGAGAUGAUGACGAUGGAACUCAAGAAUGCUCCUGAGUGCAUCAGAGAAGAAGUUCCACCCCCACCCACCAAAAAGACAAAGAAGUCGUUGGCAAGCUUCUUUAAAAGCUCCACUGCCAGUGCCACAGCACCAGUUGAUCCCACUGCUGCCAUAGAUGCUGAGUUGAACAGCUACUGUCUUCCACACUUGACAAUGAAGAGGACCCCCUUCUGUGGUGGAAAACCGACAAAAUCAACUUUCCCUGGCUCAGCAACAUGGCAAGAAAAUAUUUGUGCAUGCCGGCAACCAUCUCGCUCUCAGAGAGACUCUUCAGUACAGGGGGCAAUAUUGUAAGUUGUGAGAGGUCCUGCCUGAAACCACAAAUGGUUAAUAAGCUUGUGUUCCUUGCAAAGAAUCUGUAGAAGUCAUGCACACAAAUGUUAAUACAUUCAUGCAUUCAUACAAUGCGAGACACACAGGCACACACCUACCUCUAUUUUGUAAUGUGAGAAUGGCAAGAUUGUUUACACUGUCCAAAGUGUCCAUACAAUAAGAGGUACGGAUUCUCCAUAUGAUAUGUGGGACUGUUUAAACU